CUUCUGCACCGUAGAAGAAGAAGCUAGCCGCUAGCCUCCCGGUGCUGCAGCGUCGCUUCAGUUUUCUGUAGCCGAUCAACAUGGUCCAUCUGGUGGGUUCCCUCCGCAAAGAGCUGGCCGACUCCCUGUCCAGCUGCGCGGUGCUGGUGGUGGGAGCGGGAGGGAUCGGCUGCGAGCUGCUGAAGAACCUCGUCCUCACCGGCUUCAAGAACAUCGAAGUUAUUGACUUGGACACGAUAGACGUGAGCAACCUGAACCGUCAGUUCCUAUUUCAGAAGAAGCAUGUUGGCAAGUCUAAAGCACAGGUUGCCAAAGAAAGCGCCUUGCAGUUCUGUCCCAGUGCCAACAUCACUGCAUACCAUGACAGCAUCAUGAACCCUGAUUACAAUGUUGAAUUCUUCAGAAAGUUCGUUCUGGUGAUGAAUGCUCUGGACAACAGAGCUGCCAGAAACCACGUGAACAGGAUGUGUUUGGCAGCGGACAUUCCUCUGAUCGAGAGCGGCACCGCAGGAUACCUGGGACAAGUCUCGGUCAUCAAGAAGGGUAUGACUGAGUGCUACGAGUGCCAACCGAAGCCCACCCAGAAGACCUUUCCAGGCUGCACCAUCAGAAACACACCGUCAGAGCCCAUCCACUGCAUCGUCUGGGCCAAAUAUCUCUUUAAUCAGCUGUUUGGAGAGGAAGACGCCGAUCAGGAGGUGUCACCCGACACCGCAGACCCCGAGGCUGCAUGGAAUCCCGAGGAGACGGCGGCUCGUGCGACGGCGUCGGAUAAAGACGGGGACAUUAAACGGGUCUCCACCAAGGAGUGGGCCCGCUCCACCGGAUACGACCCCGUCAAGCUCUUCAACAAGCUUUUCAAAGAUGAUAUCAUGUACCUGCUGACGAUGGACAAGCUGUGGAAGAAGAGGAAAGCUCCCACACCGCUGGACUGGCACCAGCUGGAGAACGGAGUGCGUCCCCAGGAGGAGACUCCGGCCACAGGCUUGAAGGACCAGCAGGUUCUGGGCGUUUGGGGCUGCUGCCAGCUGUUCCAGCACAGCGUGGAGACUCUCCGCACACAGCUGCAGGACAGAGGGGACGGUGCAGAGCUGGUCUGGGACAAGGAUGACCCUCCAGCCAUGGACUUCGUCACUGCAGCAGCCAACCUGCGGAUGCACAUCUUCAGCAUGAACAUGAAGAGCCGCUUCGAUGUGAAGUCAAUGGCAGGAAACAUCAUCCCAGCUAUCGCCACGACCAACGCCGUGAUCGCCGGACUCAUCGUGCUGGAGGGGCUGAAGAUCCUGUCCGGGGAAAUCGAGUCCUGCCGCUCGAUCUUCCUGAACAAGUGUCCCAACCUGCGGAAGAAGCUGCUGGUGCCGUGCAUCCUGGACCCGCCCAGCGCCAACUGCUACGUCUGCGCCAGCCGGCCCGAAGUCACCGUCAAACUCAACGUCAACAAGACGGCGGUGCUGGCCCUGCAGGACCGGAUCCUGAAGGAGAGGUUUGGCAUGGUGGCUCCAGACGUUCAGAUAGAAGAUGGAAAAGGAACCAUCCUCAUCUCCUCAGAGGAAGGAGAGACGGAGGCGAACAACAACAAGUUUCUCUCUGACUUCGGGAUUCGUAACGGCAGCCGUCUCCAAGCCGACGACUUCCUCCAGGACUACACGCUGCUCAUCAACGUCCUGCACACCGAGGAGCUGGAGCGGGACGUGGAGUUCGAGGUGGUGGGCGAGGCUCCGGACAAAGCUCCGCCCCCUCAGACCAACCAGGAAGAGGUCAACAGCAUCACGAAUGGCAACAAAGACUCAGCCCAGCCGUCCACAUCCUCCAAAGCUCCAUCCGACGACGACGACAUCAUGAUCGUAGACUCUGACGAUGAGGAGGAGGCUUCGUCCAGCUCGGCAGCGCCGGCAACCACCGGCACCAAGAGGAAGCACCCAGACGCAGAAACCGGAGAAACGUCCACCAAGCGUCCGCGGACGGACCAAUCGAACGCCGCCCAAGACGACGACGACGACGAUAUAAUCGCCCUGGACUAACGCGCAGCUCCUCGCGGAGAACUCUCUGACGAACUCUCAGAUAAAACUCCUCUUUUAUGAAGAACGCUUUCCAGCCCGGGUUCGUCUUUGGUCACUUGCUCUUCCCUCCCUCCCUCCACCGUAUCCGUGCUUCUCAUUUCAUUCUCCCUCCACUCUCUUUGCUGUAAAUAGGUUCUACGUUUUAAAAAGUUUUGGACAACACACAAAGCUUCUCCUGUUAUCUUUGUUUCUGGUCCUGAUGAGAUGCUUCUCUCUCUCUCUCUCUCUCUCUCUCUCUCUCUCUCGAUGGUUAAAAAAAAAGUGCUUUUUUUGUAUUUUUUAUAAGCGUACUGUAUUUCUCAUGCUACACAAGUCAGGGUGAUUUUUUUGUGCUUUGUUGUCAAGUCUCAAAGAAAGAUUUCUAAACCAAAACUUUGUUCUUUCUUUGGUUGUCAUGUUGAUCUCAGCUGUUUUCAAAGGCCGAGGUGGGCCGGCCCCGGAGCCGGGGGCCCUCCAGCACGCGGGCGGUAAAGCACAGAAGCACUGACGGAGCGUUUGUGGCCGGUUUGUGCCAAGAGGCGCUGGUUUGCUACCUCUUUUCUAGAAUUAACACGUUGGGGCUGCCGAUGCGUCACCGCGCCCUCCGUGACAUCGGUGGGGGGAGGAGCCCUGACGCGGCUCCCCGUGAAACGAGCUGUACUAGUGGUAGUUCCAUGUCCACACGUUGAUAUUGGUUUAAAGUGGAUCUGUGCCGGCGGAGUGAGAGGCGGAGCCGCGGUUGGACCGGUGAUGGAGUCUCCUGCACUUCAAACAGUCGAGCUCCUGCUGCUCUCUCUCUGUGGAUGUCCAUGAUUUCAUUCGUCAUUGUGAUCUGACUUGUUGUUGAGCGGCUUCCAGAGCCCUUUGGACCAAUUUGAUGAAGACAAUAAACAGUUACAGAAG